AGGAAGUUGACGCAUUGACGUCCACUGUGGAGACGCGGCGUCAGUGACAGUUGCUCUUCACACAGGAGCUGCAGGAGUGGAAGUAGAGGCCCAGCUGCACCAGGAGCUCUCUGGGACUGCACAGCUCUCCUCUGGCAUGGACUAAUUUUCGGAAAGUUUUGCCACAACACGCCUACCUACAUACCUACCUACCUACCGCCGUCCAUUUUGCAUCUAUCUCGUUACACCUUGCCAGAGUUGGUUGUCAUGGGGUUGAGCAUUGGAUGCCAGCGGGAGAUGUUCAGCUCAUGACUGAGAGACCAUGAAGCAGCCAGGGAAGUGACCUCGGUGGACACGACCCCCUCACUGGCACCAUGGCGUCCAAGGAGAGACUGUAUGAGGUCUGGAUGCUCUACUGCACUAAGAGGGAUCCAGACUACUUGAAGUUAUGGCUGGAGAUUUUCAUCAGCUCCUAUGAGCGAUGCCUGGAUGUGGACUUUGAAAAGCCACCUUCAAGGCCAGAGGAGGUUCCCCCGGUGUUGACGCUCCUCCCAGACAACAUCCUGCAGGUUUUGCGCCACCAGCUGCUGCAGUGCGUCCAGAAAGCCUCUGACGGCCUGGAGCCUGAGCAGCAAAACCUGGCUCUGCUGCUGCUCAAGUUCCUUAUCAUCAUCUGCAGGAACCUGUCCAACGUGGAGGAGAUUGGCACUUGCUCUUACAUCAAUCACAUCAUCACCAUGACAACGCUCUAUAUUCAGCAGCUGAAGAGCAAGACCAAAGAGAAGGAGAUGGCAGACCAAAGCCAGGCGGAAGAGUUUGUCCGUCAUGCGCUGGCUUUCUGCGAGAGCCUCUACGACCCAUAUCGCAACUGGAGGCAUCGAACUUGCGGGGAGCAGCUGGGUACAGUAGAGAGGAGCAGACAGAAGUACAAGGCAGCUCCGCUCACUGUUGAGUUUGUUCCUUUCUUUUACCAGUGCUUCCAGGAGAGUGAGCACCUUAAGGAGAGUCUGAAAUGCUGCCUGCUGCACUUGUUUGGCGCCAUAGUGGCUGGUGAUCAGAGGAACGCUCUGUUUGCCAUCUCUCCAGCCACCAUGGAGGUGUUGAUGCGGGUGCUGGCCGACUGCUCCAUGGGUAGCUGCUCCUCAGAUGAGGGCGAGGACUGGGACAGCGAGGCCCCCGACCGUAAGGCGCUGCUGACACUGGGCUGCCUGCGGGAGGUGGUGCAGCGCCUCCUGGCCUCAAGCUCUGACCAGCGGCAAGUGGAGAUCGCCUCCGUGCUGGAAAACUACUUCAAGCUGCUCAACUCGGACCCGGCAGCUGUCGUUGCUGCCCGACAGCAGCAGCAGGCCAAGGGUCGAGUGCCGACACUAGGCCGACACUGGGAGAGCCGAUUCGUGGCGCUGCAAGUACACAUGCUAGACACUAUCAGGGACAUGUUCCUGUGUUCCGACAGGCCAGUUCUACAAGCCAUCUUCCUCAACAGUAACUGUUUCGAGCAUCUGACACGACUGCUGCAGAACAGCAAGCUGGUUAAUGCUAGGUGCACGGCGGCAGACAAGGACCAGAAAGAUAUAACCAACAACAGGUUACUGACAGGAGAGAGGGACACUCAGGUGUUUCAAGGGCGACUAGACUCCCUCGCUGUAGCAACCAUCAAAGCCCUGACAACAGUGAUGCACAAAUCACCAGCUGCAAAGGAGGUGUUCAAGGAGAGGAUUGGUUACAAUCAUCUGUAUGAAGUGCUCACUUCACUCGGCCAGCCGUCACGGCACCUUCUCAAAGAGCUGAUGAACAUGGCGGUGGAGGGCGAGCACACCUCAGUGGGACUCCUGGGCAUCAGUAACGUGGAGCCCUUGCUGCUGCUGGUCCAGUGGCUCCCAGAGCUGGACUCAUCGGAGCGGCAGCUUUUUACUGCCGACUGGCUCCGCCGCCUCAGCUGCCUCAACCGCCAGACCCGCGCCACCUGCGUCAACGCCGCCAUGGUCAUGCGAGCGCUGGCCGCCCUGGAGUGCCACGAACAGCUGCAUCGAGCUUGCGCCGAGAGUCUUUUGGGGCUGGUGGGUUCACUGGGCUCCCAGUCGUUGAGCGCCAGGGAACUCCUGGGACUCGUGCGCCUCCUCAGGCCUCCAGAGUCCACUCAAGCACACCCUUAUGUAGGUCCUGCCCUGAGAGCCCUCCUGGCCAUGGUACGAAAGCAGGGCCUGGAAAGUGCCAUGCAGUACUUUGACCUGUCACCCAGCAUGGCCGGCAUUGUAGUCCCAACAGUGCAGCGCUGGCCAGGCUCUGCCUUCAGCUUUGUCGCCUGGUUGUCACUAGAUCAGGACCAGUUGGGCCCACCCAGCAAGGACAAGAGGAAGCAGCUCUACAGCUUUUUCACCCCGGGGGGGAUGGGGUUUGAGGCCUUCAUUAGCUCAGCGGGUGUGCUAGUGGUUGCUGUAUGCACGAAGAAGGAGUACGUCACUGUCAUGCUGCCCGACUACUGCUUCUGUGACUCUCUCUGGCACAGCAUCGGUGUGGUGCAUGUACCAGGAAAAAGGCCGUUUGGACAGAGUCUCGUAUACAUUUAUGUGGAUGGGCAGCAGAAACUGUCUGCCCCCCUCAAGUACCCCAUCAUGACAGAGCCAUUCACCUCCUGUUGCAUUGGCUCAGCGGGCCACCGGACCACUACUCCCCCGCCCUCCCAGAUCCCAGACCCUCCCUUCUCCUCCGCCACAACACCCACCACUCGCUCCUCGCUGGGCGGCAUCCUGUCGCCGCAAACUUGGGGGGGGCUGCUGGGGGGGAAGUCUGAGACAGUGACAAAGCUCAUCUCUGCAGGGACCCAGGACAGCGAGUGGGGAAGCCCUACCUCGUUGCAGGGCCAGCUGGGAAGCGUCAUGGUCUUCCAUGAACCCCUACAGCCCAACCACAUGAAAGCCAUCUGUAGUGCUGGUCCAAACUGCAUCUCUCCAUUCAAAACCCAGGAAUCAGAACUCGGCGACCUUUCAGCCAAAGUGCUGCUGCAUUACUCCCCCAAGGCGUGUAGGAAUCCCAUCUGUCUCGAUCUGUCUCCAAACAUGCUGCACGGCCGCCUGACUGGAAAUAAAGUUGUCAACUGGGAUAUCAAGGAUAUGAUCAACUGUGUUGGCGGCCUGCCAGUGCUCUUCCCUAUACUGGAGCAGUUGUCUCUGGUGACCCCUGAUCAACAAGCCAGUGAUCCCGCAGCCGGGUCAGACUUCAUCACCCCUGAUGUGACCACGCCAGCCGACGGAGAUUGGGUCAUUCUACCAUCCAACAGGGCUUCAGAGGCACGCCUGGAGAAAAACCUGGUAGCCACCUUCCUGUUGGUGCUGAAGCAUUUCCUGCAGAGACACCCAAUCAACCAGGAGAAUCUGCUCCACUCGCAUGGUGUCGGUACACUGGGGGCCCUGCUGCAGAAGCUGCCAGCAGGUCACGUGGACGUCAGCGUGUUGGUUGCUAUGCAGCUUCUGAUAGAGCAGGUGACAUAUGAGAAGAACCAGGCUCUGCUGCAGCAGCUUCACACACAUUUAUUGUUCAACUUCAACAUCUGGAACAAAGGAGACUUCCCUCUACGCAUAGGUCAUAUCCAGUACAUGUCCACGGUCAUCAAAGAUAACAGGAAGCAGUUCAGAAAAAAAUAUGGAGUUCAGUUCCUUUUGGACACGAUACGUCUUUGUUACGGGAAGAACAGCAAUAAAGAGAGCGAGCUGAGUGAGGAUGAUAUUCGUACCAUCCGGGCGUCUCUCUGCGGCCUCAUCAAGUACUACAUGAGCAAGGGCAUGUCACAGGAGGAGAUGCACAGCAUUCUGGGAUACAUCUCUGCCAUUGGAGAUGAGGAGCAGUUGUGUGGGCUGCUGGAGUUGUUACUCAGCCUUCUUCAAAGCAGUGUUGCCAGAGACCAGCUCUUCCUGCUCCUCUUUGAGCCCGGGGCGGCCGACUCCUGCUACGCUCUCCUGCUCAACAGCAAGCACUCGGAUCGACUCCGAGAACUCGUCUUCAAGUUAUUUGAGCGCAUGUUGCGCUGCGACCGCGUCUAUGAGAAGAAUAAACAGCGUUUGCGGCUGAGGGAGGCAGGCUAUGCCGGCCUUUCACUGCUGUUCUCCGAACUUCACAUCACUCCCACGCUGAUCCGCUGUCUCCUCAACCAGGUCCUCCACACAGAUCACGUGGUGAACUACAAGGACCUGAUGUCUCUGGUCCAGCUCACUCACCGGGCUGGACCGAGCGUACGCCUCAUCGUCUGCAAGAGGGUGUACCAGCUGCUACAAUCCCAACAGGAUGCUGCCGUCCAGAUCUCAAGGCAGCAAUGUUGGCAGGACACUCUGAUGCGGCUGUACCUGCGGGGUGAAGGGUCCUUGCCACUGCGGGGCGCUGACACCAUCAGCACGUGCAGCCUGGACCUGAGCCGGUCCAGUGGCAGCAACACUAACCGCCUCGAGCUGCCGCUGGACAGGAGGGCGCGGGCAGGCAGCGCUAGCCGCCUGGACCGGCUAGAGGACGACCGACUCAGCAUAGGUGACACUCGGUCUGUGGACAGCCUGGAGAACGGUGACGUCAUCUCGCUGCUGGACACGCCAUCUUCCUCUGCCUCCACCGAGCCUCCACUACACGUCAAGCCCUGGGUGGUGGGAAAGUCAGGGGGCUUGAUGCUGGAUCUGUCCCAUCUGCAGGCGUACGAGGGCGGGGAAAGCGGCAGCCAAACGCCCGGCAGCAUGCCCAGCACACCGUCGCCACUGGAGACCUCUAAACCUUUCCCAGGAAGCUCCGGGGAUCGAGAUGCAACUUCCUCCCUGACUGAAGACAGCUUUCUCUUCAGUGACAACAUCUCACUGGGGGAGUCCUUCAACAAUGUUGAGCGGGCGGAGGAGGAGCUGUGCAGCAUGCUGCUGGAGAUUGUGCUAUGCGUGAUGUGGCGUGGUGUAGAAGGUUCAGAUGAUUCGGCGUGGCUGGAGCGCGGUCAGGUCUUCUCAGCUCUCACUAAACUGGGAACCGCCAAUGAGCUCCUGCUUCCUGUCGACCAGAUCAAACUCAGUCUUAUGGAACGUAUGUUGGAGUGGGCGGUGAGUGAUAACCGCGAGGCAUCAGCCGCCACGUUGCCGCAGCACACGGAGAACGCAGUGCGGUUGCUUCACAUGGUGCAAGACUUCCUGCAGGCUGAGGGCCUGGUCAACCCAGCUCUGUGGACGGAGAAGGUGCUAGAAGAGACCGUGACACUGAUGGACAGCCUCAUGGUUUGGUACUCGGCCGGCACCCAGUGGUUCCAGCUCUCCCAAGUUGGACUGAGACUGCUGCUGGGCUUCAUGGCUCAGGAGGACCCAGAAGUGUGUGCAAUGGCCACCGCCAAGCUGAAUGGCAUCCUGCAAACAAAGGAGGUGUCCAGCCAGGACGAGGCCUGCUACCUGCUAGGUAAGGUGGAGGGCAUCCUGCGCCGUUCUGUCCAGGAACAAACGGAGGAGACGUACUCCUUCCUGGUUCCUCUGCUGCGAACGCUGCUCUCCAAAGUCCACCGCCUCCUCUACAUGGAGCUGCACCUCCCCCAGCUCCCCGAUACCAACGGCAGCCCGUCCUUCUUUGAGGACUUCCAGCAGUACUGCAACUCACCUGAGUGGCGCGUCUACCUCGACAAAUACAUUAUCCCGUACAUGAAGCAGUAUGAAAUCGAAACAUUCAGCCAGGGCCAUGAGACCAUGGCUCUCUAUUGGAAGGAGUGCUACGAGGCUUUCAUGGUCAGCCUGCAUAAGAGAGAGAGGGAGAGGGGUGAGAGCAAGAUCCGCUUCCAGGAGCAAUUUGUGGAGCCUUUCUCACGCCGAGGACGCCAAGAGAACCUCCGCUACAACAGCAUGUUGAAACAGCAGCACAGCCAGAACAGUGCCACCCUCAGGCAGUGGAAGGCAGCACGCCGGGGUCUGGUGUGUGAGAGAGGCCCCUGGGCUGACAGGCAACAGGACAAGAUGCACUGGAGGUUGUCGAGUGCUGAGAACUUCUCCCGCAUGAGGCUGAAACUGGUCCGUAAUUACAACUUUGAGCCACACCGAGAGGCCAGCGCACUGAGAGACAACUUAGGUGUCCAUCAGCAGCGUGUAAACCCUGAGUCUCUACUGCUGGAGGCUGUGAAGCAGGUCAAAGUCAGCGACCUGGAAGACGACAUCCUGGAGCUGCCCGAGGACGACCCUGCUGCUGCCAACAACCAAGUUGAAACAGAGGAGGCAGGCCAGAAGGAGAAGCUGGUGCUGUGGGAGGACUGCGAGUUGGUGACGGUGGUGGACGUUGUGCCUGGUCGCCUGGAACUCACCACCCAACACAUCUACUUCUACGACAGCAGCCAGGAGAAAGAGGAAGGAGUGGGCCACGACUUUAAAUGGCCCCUGUCUCAGAUCCGAGAGGUCCACCUGCGGCGCUAUAACCUACGGCGCUCAGCUCUAGAGAUCUUCCUCAUCGAUCAGACAAAUUACUUCCUCAACUUCAAGAAAGAGGUGAGGAACAAAGUCUACAGCCGCAUGUUGCUGCUGCGAUCUCUCAGCCUUUAUGGAACCCGCUCCCCACAGGAGCUCCUCAAAGCCUCUGGACUCACACAGAAAUGGGUGAACCGGGAGAUCUCCAACUUCGACUACUUGAUGCAACUGAACACGAUUGCAGGCAGAACGUACAACAACCUGGCUCAGUAUCCAGUGUUUCCCUGGAUUCUAGCUGACUACACUUCAGAGGAACUGGACCUGUCUGAUCCUCGGGUAUUCAGGGAUCUGUCAAAGCCAGUGGCGGUUCUUAACGAACGCAACGCCAAGGCAGUUAGAGAGAAAUAUGAAAGUUUCGAGGACCCGACAGGCACCAUUGACAGGUUCCACUAUGGCACCCACUACUCAAACGCCGCUGGAGUGAUGCACUACAUGAUCAGAGUGGAGCCCUUCACCUCCCUGCACAUCCAGCUGCAGAGUGGACGGUUUGACUGUGCCGACCGCCAGUUCCACUCCAUCCCUGCGACGUGGCAGACCCUCAUGGACAACCCGAAUGACGUCAAGGAGCUCAUCCCGGAGUUCUUCUACUUCCCAGAGUUCCUUGAGAACCAAAAUGCCUUUGAUCUGGGUCGCCUGCAGAUCUCCAAGGAAAGGGUAAACGAUGUGAUUCUGCCCAAAUGGGCCAAGUCCCCUGAGGACUUCAUCUACAAGCAUCGCAAAGCCCUGGAGUCGGAGUACGUCUCAGCCCACCUUCAUGAGUGGAUCGAUCUGAUCUUUGGUUACAAGCAGAGGGGCCCUGCAGCUGUGGAGGCCCUCAACGUCUUCUAUUACUGCACAUAUGAAGGGGCGGUGGACCUGGGGACUGCCGAUCGACUGAACGAAAAGGAACCGCGAGAGAGCGCGGUGUGGAAGGAGCCCCAUCCUGUGCGUCUGCCUCAAGAGGAAGUGGAGAAGAGGAAGGCUCAGCUGGACUCAUGUCCUCUCAACAUGUUCGAACACCUCAGCGACCUCAAAUCCUUCUUUGUUGAGGGCAUCAGUGACAAUGUGGCGCUGGUUAAAGCCGUGGUGCCAAAGAAUCAGUCCCAUUCCUUCAUCACCCAGGGGAGCCCCGACACCAUGGUGACGGUUAGUCGGAACUGCCUGGUCGGGACCCAUGGGUGGCUGCCUUACAACAAGAACAUCUCCAACUACUUCACCUUCAUUAAGGACCCCACAGUGUCCAACACCAAGACCCAGCGUUUCCUGUCCGGGCCCUUCGCCCCCGGCGUGGAGGUCACAUCGGGACUGUUUGUGGUCUCCCACGAUGGCAAGUUGCUCUUCAGCGGUGGCCACUGGGACAACAGCCUCCGGGUCACCUCCCUGGUUAAGGGCAAGACUGUGGGACAGCACAUCCGACACAUGGACAUUGUGACCUGCUUGUCAACAGACCACUGCGGUAUCCACCUAAUCUCCGGCUCCAGAGACACAACCUGCAUGGUGUGGCAGGUUCUGCAGCAGGGCGGAGCUCCUGUCGGUCUUUAUCCUAAACCAGUUCAGGUGUUGUACGGACACACGGACGAGGUGGUCAGUGUCAGUAUCAGCACAGAGCUGGACAUGGCUGUGUCUGGAUCACGGGACGGGACAGUGAUCAUCCACACGGUGCGUCGGGGUCAGUACAUGCGCUGCUUGCGACCGCCGUGCGACAGCUCCCUGCCGCUCUCCAUCCUCCACCUGGCUGUGUCCUGGGAGGGUCACCUGCUGGUCCACACCUGCCUCGAGGGCAAAGCAACGCUCAAGGAUAAAAACGCUCUACAUCUUUACUCUGUAAAUGGGAAGCACCUCUGCAGCGAGCCGCUGAAGGAGCAGGUGACUGAUAUGUGUGUUUCAGGAGAGUAUGUCGUCAUCGGCAGCGAGCAGGGAUACCUGUCCAUCCGUGACCUCUACAGUCUGUCGAUGAGCAUGGAGCCCAUGGCCAUGCGGGUGCCGGUGCGUUGCGUCUCGGUCACCAAGGAGCAGAGCCACGUCCUAGUGGGCCUGGAGGACGGCAAGCUGAUCAUCGUGGGCGUAGGCAAGCCGGCGGAGAUGCGUUCAGGACAGAUCACACGGAAGCUGUGGGGCUCCAGCAAGACGACCCAGAUCUCCUCGGGGGAGACGGUGUACAACAUCUAGCGCCACCACAACCGACCCAUCCGCGAGCCCUGAACCCUCCCCUCCACGCACAUCCACCCACAUUCCUGUCACCCAGUUUGGCCUCCAUACCCAUCAGUCACCAAACAGAUUGCUUCAUUAUGUUUGAGGAAACUCCCUUCAUCA